AUGGGUUUUUUGUUCAGAACAUCUGAUUCAACAUUUUACGCAGCUCCACGGUUUGUGACACACAUUGAUGAUCCAGCAAUAGCUGAAUUGACAAAGUACUACUCCAAGGUGUUGCCUCAGAGCGAAACUCCCGGAGUGAGCAUAGUCGAUAUGUGUAGCAGUUGGGUUCUGACCGAGUACAUAGUCCAAGACUUGAAUGUCAAUCCAAAGCUUCCUUUUGAAGACAAUUCUUUCCAGGUUAUUACCAAUGUGGUAAGAGUGGAUUAUCUUACAAAGCCACUUGUAGUUUUUAAGGAAAUGAACAGAAUCCUCAAGCCAGGAGCACUCGUAGUCAUGAGCUUUUCGAACCAUUGCUUCUUUACUAAAGCAAUCUCAAUAUGGACAUCAACUGGGGACGCAGAUCAUGCUCUCAUUGUCGGAUCAUACUUUCACUAUGCCGGAGGAUUUGAGACUCCUCAAAUGUGUAUUUAUAUCCAUGUAUUCAUCAACACACCUUGUAUUCACAAAAACAAAAAGGAGCUAAAAGACAUUUUGAGUCUCACCAAUAAUGAUGCCAAAACAAAUGUCUCUUACCAAUGUCUCUAA